CUUGAAGCAACAACUUCUAAUAAUCUCACAUUUACCUCCAUCUAAUUAAUGGAAUUCAUGGAACAUGGAAUGGGUAAAGAUGAAGAUAAAGAGAAGAUGAACAUAUAUGCUAAUGUACAUUCUGUAAACAUUCAUGAUGUCAGGACAGAAACAGAGAACACCAGGAAACACCAAACACCUCAACACACAGGAACUGAUUGUGUGAAGAUCAGAAGAUACAGAACAGCUGUGGUGUGUUUGGUUCUGCUGUGUGCCCUUCUGCUGACUGCAGUCAUAGUACUGUGUGUCCACAUCCAUACGAACAACACACACUACACAGAAGAGAGCGGUGAGCUACUAAUUAACAUUACCAAACUCGCAGAAGAGAAAGACCAACUACUAACCAGGAAUACAGAACUCACAAAAAAGACAGACCAGCUAUUAACUAAGAUUGUCAACCUCACAGAAGCGAGAGACCAGCUAGUAAACAAGAGCAUGCAGCUGACAAAAGAGAGAGAUGGAUUAUUAUCAAGUAACCGUGAUCUGAUUAGAGACCAAUUACAUCAGGAGAAAAAUGAACUGUUGAAAAGUAUUCAUGGAAUGGAUGGAUGGAUUUACUAUCAAUCUAAUCUUUACUUUGUUUCCUCUGAGAAGAAGAGCUGGACUGAGAGCAGAAGAUACUGUAUGGAGAGAGGAGUAGAUCUGAUCAUCAUAAACAACAGAGGGGAACAAGAUUUUGUGAAGAAAAUAUCUGCUAAUGCUAAUGUCUGGAUUGGUCUGACUGACAUUGAUGUGGAGGGCAGCUGGAAAUGGGUUGAUGGCAGCACACUGACCUCUGGAUUCUGGGAUCCUCGAGAACCCAAUGGACAUAGAGGAGAGAACUGUGCUCUGACUUAUUUACCAGGAUGGGCUGAUUAUCCAUGUAGUGAUCUUUUUCUAUGGAUCUGUGAAAAGAGCAUUUUAAAAUAAGUCAUUACAUGAACUGCAGGUUCAUGUACUAAAAUACACAUGGGUACAUUUUCCCCUAAGAACAGCUUUAUUUAAAGGAACUGCAACUGCUAGAACACAGUUUUUUUUCCCUCCAUACAGAAUAGAAUCAUUUACA